AUUUAUAGACAGGAUAUAUUUUAAUACAUUUCUAUCCAUAUGUUUAUACCUAGAUAUUUAUACACUGUAAAUAUUAAUGCACACCUAUCUACACAAUGAUGUUAACUUUGUGUCCAGACCUACCCCUUCCCCUCUGUAACCUUUUUGGGGGGUUUAUUCCUUGGGAUUUCCAGGGUCUCAAUUUCAGUGGAGCGGAUCUUUCCCACCUGGAUCUUUGCUACAUCAACUUCAAGGUGGCCAAUCUUAGCCGCUGCAACCUGGCCCGUGCCAACCUGUGCUGUGCCAGCCUGGAGAGGGCUGACCUUGACUCCUGUCUGUGCCAGGGUGCCAACCUGCCAGGGGUGAAGAUGCUGCGCUCCAACGCAGAGGGAGCGUCCCUGAAAGGCUGCAACUCUGAGGAGCCAUCAGGCCUUCAAGCUAAUCUGGAAGGUGCCAACCUGAAAGGAGUGGCCAUGGAGGGCAGUCAGAUGACAGGAAUGAACCUCCGAGUUGCAACGCUGAGAAACCCCAAACUAAAGAACUGUAACCUCAGGGGAGCAACGUUGGCAGGAACUGAUUUGGAAAAUUGGGACCUAUCAGGUUGUGACCUCCAGGAAGCCAAUUUGAGGGGCUCUGAUGUAAAAGGAACCAUCUUUGAAGAGAUGCUGAACCCCCUGCACACGUCCCAGAGCAUCAGAUAGGGAAGAGAAGACGUUGAAGAGGAAGGAAUCCAAACAUUUGUUGUGACUUCCUUCAUCUCCUCCCCUUCCUGAGUUAGAAGGAAUGCUUAUUAGACAACUUCAAUUUGCAGUAGUGCCUAAGUAGACUCUU